AUGUUUCAAGUUGAAAACUUGAGAAACAGCUACGAGAAAUUUAGAUCACUUAGAAAAAAAUUAAAAAUCGACAGAGAUUGCCAUAGCACAGUAAAUCCCCCUUUGUUUCAAGAGAAUGAUGAUGUCUACGUCAUAGAAAAAUGUGUUAUUCCAGAGCUACACAUCUUGCAAGGAUACGUUCACCAUUUAUUUUGGGAUGGGUUAGUGCCAUUAUUGUGUCGCGAUCGGGCUCUUAAGGAGCCAAAGAAACUAAAAUUGGUUGCAAAGAACCAUUAA